UUAGAACCCAUCUUCAUAGCAUUUUCUAGAGAGAAAGAGAGAGUUUCUUCUUCGCUGCUGCGGAAGGUUUAUUUUCUUUCCCAAAGAAUAAAAGCUUUUUCUGCAGUAGCGUUCAAGUUUUUACCAAUCCAAAAUUUCAAUUUAAAGAAAAAGGAGAAAACAGAAAUGGCUCGCUCUUUCUCAAACGCUAAGCUUUUCUCUACUUUCGUUGUCGAUGGAAUCUCUAACGUUAUCUCCAGACGAGGAUAUGCGGCGGCGUCACAAGGAAUUGUGUCGAGUGGAAUAAGAGGAGGAGCAGGAAGGAGCGCUGCUGCGGUAGUCAAGAAAACAGGGGAAGAGAUGUCUGGCGGAGCUAAAGAGAAGGUUUCAUGGGUUCCCGACCCGGUUACCGGAUGCUACAGACCCGAGAACUGUGCCAACGAGACCGACGUGGCGGAGCUCAGAGCCACCCUCUUGAAGAAGUAGUAAAUAAACAAACAAAAAAAAAAGUACUAGUCUCCAUAUAUUUAGCUCAACAAAGCUAACCUGCUUGCUUGCCCCUCCGUCCUUUGUGUAAUACUUGAUUCUUGAUUUCUCAUAUGCGAAUCAAGAAAUUUGUACUAGGAGUUUCAAUUGAUCUUAAUCAAAUGCUUGUUUUUA